GCCCCAGGCCUGGCGGUGUCACUUGUCCUGAGAGCCAUGAGCGGACUCCGGGUUGCAAGCCUCAAGCCUUUGGAGCUUCUGCUGCCGCUGCUACCGCUGCUGCUCGGGACGCGGCCCCACGGCAGUCCGGGCCCACUGCAGUGCUACAGCGUCGGCCCCUUGGGAAUCCUGAACUGCUCUUGGGAACCUCUGGGCGACCUGGAGACUCCGCUUGUGCUGUAUCACCAGAGUCAGAAAUACCGUCCCAAUAGAACCCAGGAGGUAAAGGUGCCUUCCAGACAGAGCUGGGUGACUAUUCCCCGAGAACAGCUCACCGUGGCUGACAAACUCCUCAUCUGGGGGACGCAAGAGGGACGUCGUCUCUGGUCCCCUGUCUUUGUGAACCUGGAGACCCAAAUAAAGCCAGGUGCCCCCCAGAUCUUCUCUCAUGUGGACAUUUCUAAGGAAGCAACCCUGGAAGCCACUGUGCAGUGGGCACCACCAGUGUGGCCACCGCAUAAAGUUCUCAUCUGUCAGUUCCGGCACAAGGAAUGCAAGGCUGAAAAGUGGACCCAGCUGGAGCCACAGCUGAAGACAGACCUGCUGACUCCUGUUGAGAUGCAGAACCUGGAACCUGGCACCAGUUACCAGGUGUCCGGCCGCUGCCAGGUGGAGAACGGAUAUCCGUGGGGCGAGUGGGGCCCGGACCUGUCCUUCCAGACCCCAUUCUUGGCUCCUGAAGAUGUGUGGGUAUCGGGGACCGUCUGUGAAACAUCUGGCAAACGGGCAGCCCUGCUUGUCUGGAAGGACCCGGGACCCUGUGUGCAGGUGACUUACACAGUCUGGUUUGGGGUUGGAGAUACUACUACAACUCAAGAAGAGGUCCCAUGCUGCAGAUCCCCCAUCCCUGCAGGGAUGGAGUGGGCAGUGGUCUCUACUGGCAACAGCACCAGCUGGGCGCCUCCCACUAACCUGUCUUUAGUGUGCUUGGCUCCAGAAUCUGCCCCCCUUGAUGUGAGAGUCAGCAGUACUGAUGGGAGCCCAGGGAUGAAGGUGACCUGGAAACAAGGGACCAGGAGACCGUGGGAGUACGUAGUGGACUGGGCUCAAGAUGGCGACAGUCUGGACAAGAUCAACUGGAUCCAUCUUCCCCCUGGAAACCUCAGCAUUUUGUUACCAGGGGCUUUCAAAGGAGGGGUCCCCUAUCGAAUUACAGUGACUGCAGUAUACUCUGGAGGAUUAGCUGCUGCACCCUCAGUUUGGGGAUUCAUAAAGCAAUUAGUACCCCUUGCUGGGCCAGCAGUUUGGAGACUCCGAGAUGACCCCCCAGGGACACCUGUUGUUACAUGGGGAGUGGUACCAAGACACCAGCUCCGAGGCCAGGCUACUCACUACACCGUCUGCACACAGAGCAGAGGUAUCCCCACAGUCUGCACAAACGUGAGCAGUCAAACCCAGACUGUUACUCUGCCCAACCUUCAUGCGGGUUCCAUCAAGCUGUGGGUGAUGGUGUCCACUGUUGCAGGACAGGGCCCACCUGGUCCCAGCCUCUCGCUUCACCUACCAGACAAUAGGAUCAGGUGGAAAAUUCUGCCCUGGGUUCUGUCCUUGUGGGGCUUACUUCUGAUGGGCUGUGCCCUGAACUUGGCCAGUACCAGGUCCUUACACCAGCGACACAAGUUGCUUCCCCAGUGGAUGUGGGAGAGGGUUCCUGACCCUGCCAACAGCAAUUCUGGGCAACCUUACAUAAAGGUGAGAAAACGCCGUCUGUGGGAGUACCACUCUCCAAAUGGAGGAUGCUGGGGCAAUGCGAGCAGAGGACCACUUAGUUUCAAGUUUCCAUCUCCCCAGGAGGUGAGCCUGCCCCAACCACUCAAGGACGGACCCAUCCUGGAGGUGGAGGAGAUGGAGCUACAGCCUGUUGUGGAGCCCCCUAAAACCUCUGCCCCACUUUGCUCUGGGUAUGAGAAACACUUCCUGCCCACGCCAGAGGAGCUAGGCCUUCUGAGGCCGUCAGCCCCCAAGUUCUAGCCUGUUCUGCUUCAGGCUGGGGGCUAUAUCCCUAUCUUGGGUUAGAUUUCUUUUAUUUUUAGUUUUUUGAGACAGGAUCUCACUAUGGCUGGCCUGGAACUCACAGACUCACCUGGUUCUGCCUCCCAAGGACUGAACAGAAAGGCGAGUGCCUCCCGGCCCAAACGACGUUUUCCCUGCCUCUGUGUCUUGGGCAUCAGUUUGUUAAUGCAGAAGAA